CAAGAAGCCAUCACUCCGUUGAGCUGCGCUUGCCGUCUUGCUCUUGCACCCGGUCGGGCCUUGACGCCAUGUUCAGCGUCAUGUCCGCCCUCCUCUCCUCCCUCGUCAGUCGGCUGGUGCCGCUCCGGCGCCGGAAGAGCAUCACGUCCUCCGGCUUUGCCGCCAGGCGCCCCUUCUUCCCGUGCGGCGCGGGCCGCCGCGACGUCAGCGACGGCAGCCUCUUCGUCGUCAAGCGCGGCAGGACGCUGAGGAAGGUGGUGAAGCCCAGAAGGGUCGGGGAGCGGGAGCGCGGGCGAGACGGCGGGAAGGGCGGCGAGCACCUCCUGGACGGCGGCGACGACGGACCGUGCGUGUGGCGGCGGACGAUACUGCUGGGGCGGAGGUGCCAGCCGCUGGAGUUCACGGGGGCGAUACACUACGACUGCGAGGGGCAGCGGCUGUGGCAGCCCCGCACGCCGCCGCAGUCCUCGCCGCUGCUGAUGAGCCCCGUCCGUCUCCACCCUUCCGAUCUCGGCUACAUGGAUCGCGCGUAGGACGAUCGUCUGCACGUUGGCACACGUCUGCACGUAGGACGAUCAGUAGUUUGUGUUUUUCUUUGGUGACUUCAUUUUUCUUUCGUCCUGUAUGUACUGUAUACUCCUGUGUGGUCGAUCGAGCGCAUCAUGCUCGAUUUCGAUCUGUUCUCUUGCGGAGCAGAGGAAUGGGCAUGACUAGCUAUUUCAGUGAACUGUGAAAGUGUAGUCUAAGAGUUUGGUCAGUGUCCUGCAUCGUGCCAGAUUUUAGCAGAUGAAUGAUGAAACCGUUCCCAAAA